GCCGCGCUGGGAGCGCAUAGCGCCCGCGCUUCUCCUGCCCGAGAUGGUCUGAAUCGCGCCGCCCGCCCGCCCGCGCCGAGUCAGUCCUGCUCUCGCCGGGUCCCGCGGCGCCGGUCUCAGGGCGCAGGACACCGUCUCGCGCGUUCCCCGGAAACGGCCGCGGACCGGCUGCCGCGCCGGGGAGAUGUCCGGCGGCCGGAGGAGGGGCGGCGCCCCCUGGCACAGCUUCUCCCGGUUCUUCGCUCCCCGAAGCCCUUCCCGGGACAAGGAAGAGGAAGAGGAGGAGAGGCCGGGGACAAGCCAGCCGCCCGCGCCGGGCCGGGGCGCAGCCAGUGUUGAAAAUGAGCCCAUGAGCACAAGUCAGAAAAAGGAAAAUGUACUUUCAUCAGAAGCAGUAAAGAUUCCCCAAAGUGAGGACAAAAGGAACCAUGCUGAGAAGCUAAUCACUCUUCCAACACAGGAAGAUUCCAAAAAGCCAAAUGACCUUUCCGGUUCCACUUCAGAUGCCAAAAUGGGAGAAAGCGAUAAACAGCCGAAAGAAAGCUUUUUUCAGUUUCUUGGUAACUUAUUCAAUAUCUCAGGAAAAUCAUCUCUUGGUGAAGCCAAGCAAUCUUCUUUCAAAGGUGAACAUGACAAAACUGAGAAAGACUUACGAAAUCCCAGUGACCAUCCUGAGGAAGGGGUCCAAAGGGAGAGGGCUGUUGUCAGUGGCUCCCUGGGAACCCUGGCACUUCCAGCAGAAGCACAAGAGUCCAGCUCAGCUGAAUUCUCAGAUGCCUUUUCUUUGGAUACAACACAAGACAGUGAACAGGAAACCAAUGAUUUGCUAAGAAAACAAAUGGAUGGUAAACCAGAGAGGCCUUUAGUAACAUAUGCAACGUACCGAGGCCCCAGACAAAUUAGGAAGUAUUUGAAGCAGCAGACGGCGCUGGAAACCUUGAAUCCCUUUGACAGAGAAAAUGAAAGUUCCGACUCUAGUACGAGCACACAUAUUGGCGCUGGAAGUGAGAUAGAGGCCGGGAUGGUGUCAUUGUCAUCAGCUAGCACAGACGUUUCUGUGAAAGGACAAGUGCUUAAAGGCCUGAUAGAAGACUCUGAUUAUAAUAAAACAAAUAUCAACCCAGAAAGCCAUUCAACAAACAACCGAGAACUGUCUAACACUGCUUCUUCUAGGGAUGUUUUAAAUAAAAACGAUCCUGGGGGACCUGAGAGAAGUCGGUCAUCCCGUUCUGAGACUAACUCUAGCUCCACUGAUGGAGAAUUUGACUCACAGCACCACUUAAGUUGUAUACCAGUUUCUCAGACUGACAGAAAUUUGGUACGUUCAGCAUUGUUUACAGAAAGUAACAGUAGCAAAAUUCCUUGCAGUCCAGACUUGCAGAGGACAGCGACACCAGAAACUACGGUGAUAGAAAACAGCUCGAUGAUGAGUGAUGGGACAGUGGUGCAAAGAAAGGAGUGUGCUGAGCCUGAGAACCCUGCUAUUCCCGACCUCUCCGGUAGUAAAUCUGAUGGGAGUGACACUACCAAACGUGGAAAUACAGAUUUGCCAAGUCCAAAUAAAUCAGUUCAGCGUGAAGCUCUGCAGUGGCCAGAGAGGAAGUGUUCUGACAAGCACACCGAAGGUAACUCGUCAAAGCACGCUGCCAAUCACACCAGCAACAUUGCUCUCCAGAGACACGCUGUAACAGACGCAGAACUUGUAAGUGAAGAAAACAGAUUGUCUGCCCUGGACACACAGGAAAAUUUGGCUCCUAGAGAAAUCAAGCAAGAAACAGAAAGCACCUCAGUCGGUGCACCCAUAACUUCAAGUCAUGUAAAAGCUCCGGAAGAUAGAAUCGAGUCAUUACCCAAAGGUACUGACAAGUUGUUGGUAACAGAAGCCAAAAAGCUUGUUAGGCCACAUAGCAAAAUGCCUCCCAUUAUUAGAAUGAAUCAAAAGGAUGCUGCCUCUGUAAAACACACCAGUGAAUUAGCAGUUGUAGCAUGCUUAGAAAAUAAAAUAUCACCUGAACUGGAUAGAAAUCACAUUUCAGAAUCUAUUCUUGACUCUGAGAGUCCUCAGCAAGCCAAAGCAUCACCUGAUGCCAGGACAUCUCUUAACCUUGACCAUAAAAAAUCAGAUUUCAAUACUUCAUCUCCUACCUUUGUUUCCCGAGUUGGCAUGCUGAGCAGGUUGGAUAUUCCUGUUUUAAAGAAUGAAGGUCCUUCUGUGCUCAUUGAAACUGGGGAUGUCAACAUCAUUGGUAUUUCCCAUCAGCCUAGUAAGUGUCAAGAAGAAAAUGUGGCAAAUCAUGCUGAGGCCACAGGCAGGAAGAGUCUCCCUGCUUGCCUUCAUCCUGAGCAUGCAUCUGCAAUUCUUGAGUCCAAGGAAAUUCUUCCUGAUAGUGAAAAAUGCCAGUUUCCACUAGGUCUUGAAGCCAGUGACACCCACUUAACUGCAGUGGACUUGAGCUGUGAGUCCGAAAGCCUCUCUAAGGACCACAGUUCCACUUCAUCUCAAGACCGUGAUAAAGCGGAGUUAAUGCUGUCAAACACCAAAGCAAGUAAGGGCACUAUAGGCAAGUCUGAUUCUUUUUUCUCCUUGGAAACCAAAACUGAUAACCUUGCAGAAAUGUUAUCAACAUCUGAAGUUGAUGGUCAGAACAGUGUUCCUGUUGGGUCACAUUCUGGAAGAGGAAAAACUCUAGGUCUCUCCAAGAUACCUGUUCCCCAAACAGAGCCCAGAGACAUUUCUCAGGAUAAAAUCUCUUCUCCACUUGAAAUUACAGAUGUGCCAGCGAGUCCUAUUUUAUCAGAAUUGACUUCCCUAGAAGUUGAACAGGACAGAAGUUUUCAGUUAGUGGGUCAUAAAGAGAUUAAAGAGAAAUAUUCAGAUGCCAGCCUUAAAGAGAAUUGCCAAACUGAGGUUUCUCCUUCUGCCUCCAAAUAUCAAGGUACACAGGAAACAGAGGUGGAAGCCUCAGGUGAUCCUCCUGCUCGUCUCCAAAGUCAUAUACUUGGGACUUUACCUCCUGUUCAUGAUGGAAAAGUCACUAGGCAAAUGGCACAGAACUGCAAAGCCAACCCUUCUGUGAUUCAUCAACCUUCAGUUAUUUGUGAGACCAAAAAGAUUUCUGGUUUUUCACAAAUGGCAGAACUCAGUUUAACUAAUACUUCCCCAAAAUUCCAAGAAACUGACAGCACAAAAGUAAAUGCACCUUUUCUGGGUUCUGGUAUGAGUUUGGAAAAAAAUGCGUUUGCAUCUGAGGAUUCAAAUUUUCGUACUAAUCCUUCUGUGCUGAGAUCAGAAAAGAGAGCCUCAUCUCACAGAAAGAAAGAGCGUGCUCAUUUCCUAAGUGGUGGUAUUGAUGGCAUGCCUUCUUCCUCCAGUAACUCUGAAGAAGUUAGCACGGUUACAAGUUCACAGAAUCCCCCAAAUAAUUUUAGUUCUGUAAAAGUUACCAUAGAUGUCCCACAUGAAGGUACCUCCUUAACUAACCUGCUGUACCCUAAUAGCUCUUAUUUGGAAUUUGAAACAUCUAUCCCAACAGGGGCAGAAGUCACCCCACUUCAGGACCAUUUUGGGGAUCAUACUGGGAUGGUAUCACUUGAUUUCCCAACUGCUGCCCAAUUUGAGAAUCCUAUGGAAGCAGAGACUGGAGCAGUUGCUGGGGCCCCAGCGUCAGUUAACAGCUCAAGCCAGCAGUGUUCUGAAGCAUCUGCUGAGCACAUAGAAGCAAGCAGGAGAGCACAUGAGCAGCUUUUGGACCUCGAAAGUGGUUUAUGUAAAAAGGCUGACACAUUGAUUGGUGAGAUCUUUAAUUCUGUCAGGGAAGAGCUAAAAUCCAGACACACAGUUGGUACCUGCCAGGAGUAUAUAGCUGUAGACAGCAUAAUGAAUCCAAGUACCCUAAGAGAAGACAUCCCUGAGAAAAACCCAUCAGAAGUGACACGGACAGGGAUCCAGCUGACGGAGCAUUUGGAAGAGCGGGCCAUGGAAAAUAUGUCUGAAGUCCAAGGGGAAGAAAAGGCUUGUGCUUCACCUAUGGUUGGUGAGAAGAGUCUUCUUUUUGAUUCGGAUAGAAUGAAUGUAUCUUGGUUGUUAGAAGAUCAAGCUAGGGGAUUAGUCAAUGAGAUUAUUUAUUCAGCCCAAGAAACCUUAGCAAAUGAUGCUCAGGGUACCCGGGAUUCUGAACUUCAGGCUAAUACUUCAAAAAUUCUGAAGAGUGAUAGUGUUAAGCCGCUUGAUAUGGUAAGGGAGUUCUUGGUGUCAGAACAGGCAGUAAAUCAAAGCACAUGUGAAAUUAGUGAAAAAGUAUUAGGUAGAUUCUUUGCUGUAAGUAACUUAGUUAGUGACACAGAGUCAAUUAAAGGAGGAGAAAUUGUUCUCUACCAAAAAUCCCCUUUUUCAGGAAAUAGAGGUGGACAGUCUGAUAGUAUAAGUUUGCAGGAGUCAGAUACUGUUUUACUAGCUGAAGACACACCCCAUACAGGGUUAGAUGAUAAGGCAAAAACACAUUCGUUUCUCAACGAGGACUGUAAAGAAAAAAUGGAAAUAAAGUGUGUUGAUAAUCACAAAACUGAGACAGAGGAAAGAAGAACUCUUGUAUUAAAUUACACAUGGCCUCCAUUUGUGAAUGAUGGCAUCCAUGUACCUGAGACAUCUACAAGCAGUUUGUCUGAUACUCUUUUAUGUAUAUCUGAAAAAAGCUUGCCAGGACACGGUAAUAAAAGCGCAUCCCUUGCAGUGUCAGAAGUAGGGAAAGUACACAAGAAGGAUACUGAAGUAAAUAUAGGAAGAAUUGAGCUUAUACCUUCCAUGGUAGAAAUGGGAAAACCAAAUAAGAAGGAUGCUGUAUUGAAUAUUAUGAAAUAUGAGGCAGUCCCCCCUAUGUCAGAAGUGGGAAGAGCACAUAAAGAGUAUGCUGAAUUGCGUACCUCAAAAACUGAGCCAGCAACUGAAAUUCUUAAAAUGAGAGAAGCGUACCAAAUGGAUGCUGAGAGGUGUAUUGAAAAAACUGAGGAAUUACCUGCCAUCUUAGGAAUGAGAAAAGCUUAUGAAAUGAGGGAUACUGAAGGGGAUAUUGGCAAAACUGACAUGACACCUGAUAUGUCAGAACUGAAAAAUGUCUACCAAAAAGAUGCAGAGGGAAUCACUGGAAAGACUGAAGUGAUACCUGCUACGUUAGAAAUGGAAAAUGUUUACCAAAAGGAUGCUGAAGGGGAUAUUGCAAAGGCUGAGGUGACACCUGUUACAUUAGAAAUGGAAAAUAUUUACCAAAAGCACGCUGAAGGGGAUGUUGGUAAGACCGGGGUGACUUUGGUUAUGUCAGAAAUGGACAAUUUCUACCACAAAGCUGUUGAGGGGACUGCUGAAAAGGUUGAAAUGAUACCUGCUACACUAGAAAUGGAAGAUAUUUACCAAAAAGAUGCUGGAGGAAAGAUGGACAAAACUGAGGUGAUGCCCAUUACAUUAGAAGUAAAUAUCUACCAAAAAGAUGGUGAGGGGAUCACUGGAAGGACUGAAAGACCUAUGAUGGACAUGGAAAACACUUACCAAAAGGAUGCCGAAGGGGCUAUUAGGAAAACUGAAAUGGUACCUCUUGUGUUAGAAGUGAAAGAAGCACUCAAGAAGGCAGUACCUGCUUCCUUAGAAAUGGAAAAAGCAUGCAAGAGAGAUGCAAAAGAGACAGUUGGGACGAUUGUGUCCAUGCCCUCUAAGAUAGAAAUGGAAAGAACAUCCCCAGAAAAUUCUGAUGGGACUAUCAGGAAACAUAAAGUGUUGUCCACAGUGGUAAACAUUGAGAAAAUAUAUGGAACAGAUCUAGAAUUGCCCGUUACACAAGGAGAGGCCACGCCUCCCAUAUUUGAAGCUGAAAAAGCAGCCCAAGAGGUUGCUGAAGGGAGUGGUGGAGAAAUGGAGAAGGAGCCUCCUGAAAUGAAGGCAUGCUUGAUAGCGUUUGACACUAGACUCGCCUCUUUCAGGGGUUAUGAAUCACCUACGCUAAGUAAGGAUUAUGAAAGCUACCCGGCCUUAGCAAUGCCAGAUUUUCAACCUGAGGCUACCAUAGGAAAGCUAGACAGAGGAACGUCUGUUACUGCAGUACAUAAGAAAAUAAAAGAUCUAGAUUAUGGAGCUGAAAAGGAAGAGCCUAACCUAGUCUUCAUUUCUCAGGAUGAACAAGAAAAUUCUUCCUUUACUAUAUUAUAUGAAGAGCCUCUUCAAGAUGAGGACAAGUACGCUACUGCAGAAGUAAGAACACAUUCCCUCCUGAUUGCUGACACAUCUACCAACAGCAUGCCUGUUUUCGCGUGUGAAAGGUCUGAGAGUAGAACUGACCUCGUCCAUCAUUUUGAAAAGGAAACUAAAUUAGGUGAGACAUUCGAUGAUGAUAGUUCAGAAAUGUUCUUAUCAGUAGAGGCCAAAAGGUACAAGAUUUAUCCCUUAGCUUUGUCUCCCAUUUAUGAGGAUGACAGCUCUCAGGAGGACAUUCUAUCCAGCGAAAUCUCACCUGGUCAUCAUGGCUCCACAAAAUCAAGAGAGAGUGCAAACCAGCCCUCUUCUGUUUUAUCGCUUCUCCAGUCAGUAUCGGAGCGUUUAAAGAUGAAUUUUGAUGAAGAUGACAGACAGAGAGGAGGGGAAGAGGAGGAGGAGGAAGAGGAGGAAGAGGAGGAAGAGCCAUUGCAUAAAGGAAGUCUGAGAGCUAGAAGGCGGGAAACUGUUAUCUUCAAGCUGCCAGAUUCUUCUAUCGCAUUUUGCUCUGAUGAUGACCAGGAAAGUACUGGCGUUUCUAAGAGUCCUUAUGUGAUGUCAGAUGAGCCUGCGACCUCUAAUCUGCAGAUUGGUCUGUGGCCAGAAAAGGCCUCAUUUCUACAAAAAUCUGACCUUACUUCCAAACUACAUUCUUCUUUAAAGAGUGCUUAUCAUCAGUAUUUGCAGACUUCCAAAAUCCAUUCCUCAGAAAAAGGAGCCAGAUUUGGUGGAAUUUUUCAGGAGCCAGUGUCAAAAUAUUUCCGUGCUCAAGACACCUCAGGCCGAUUAAGCUCAUUCACAGAGAAUGUUGACAAACAAACUCUGAAGUGUAACCCAAGACCUGGGAAGAUGGUUAUCUAUGAUCUCCAUGGAAGUAAAUACAAACAAGAGAUCUACUGUAAUAUUCCCGAUGCUACAUCUUGGUCCUUUCCGAAUGGGGUACUGAUAAAAGUUGUAAGGGGCUGCUGGAUUUUAUAUGAGAAACCACAUUUUCAAGGUCAGAAAUGUGUACUAGAAGAAGGGGAAAAGGUGUUAAAUCAUGACUGGAUCCUUCAGAACAGAAAAUAUCCACAAAGAAACUUUGUAUUGGGGUCUAUCAAACGUGUCUUAAAGGAUUGCAGCAUUCCAGAGAUAGAACUUUGCCCACAGUCUGACCCAGCAUGUUGUCCUAUCUACCUACAGCGAGCAGUCCCCAAUUUGGAAGAGCUGAAUAUCCCCAAAUCUGUGUCUUUUACUGUGAAGUCAGGAGUUUGGCUUGCCUACCCGGAUAUUAAUUUCAAGGGGCAAGCUACAGUUUUGGAGGAAGACCAUGGCCUCUUUGAGAUUUCUGCAGCAGAAAUGAAAUCGUUGCAUCCACUUCAAAUGGGUGGACUGAAAGUGGAAAUGCCUAUGAACUUAAAGGUUAUUAUUUAUGAAAAACCUCACUUCCUUGGACAGGCCAAAGAGUUUAGUGAACAUGUAGAUUCUGUCCCUAAUUUUUUAAAAAAUGAUGUAGACUUUCAUGGAAUUGGAUCAAUUCGUGUCAUCGGUGGAGUGUGGGUUGCCUAUGAAAAAGAACAUUUUAAAGGCCAGCAAUUCUUGCUUGAAGAAGGAGAUUUUGAAGACAGUAGUGCCUGUGGGGCGUUAAGUGGUUCCAUCUUGUCUUUCCGGUACUUACAAGCUAAUUUCAUAGAAUCUUCUAUCACACUGUUUGAAUCUGAUCUAGAAAGUGGGAAGUUUAUUGACAUUACAAAUCAGGAAAUUUCUGACUUAGAAGAAAUGGGUUUUGGCAGUGAAACAAGAUCCAUUCACGUUAAAAGUGGCGUAUGGGUUGCCUACCAGCAGAAGUUCUUCUGUGGAGAACAAUACAUUUUAGAGAAAGGGAAAUACAAAUGCUUUUUUGACUGGGGAGGAUCAAAUAAUAUAAUCAUGUCAAUACGACCUAUCCAACUGGAACCACUUGGGAUAAAUGAGCCUCCACAUUUGCUCAAAGCAUUCAGUAAACCAGGGUUCCAAGGUGAAUGUAUAGAUUUUGCCAAAGAAAUUUCGGAUUUGACUUCAUCAUUCACGCCAUGUUCUUUUAAAGUUCUUCGGGGUUGCUGGCUCCUGUAUUACCAAGAGGACAUUUCUAAUCAUCAGUGUGUGUUAGAAGAAGGGCUGUAUGCUGACCUUACUUCCUGUGGCUGCCCAACAUCUAGAGUCAAAUCCCUCAAGCCCAUUGACUAUGUUUUUGAAGAACCCUCCAUUAGCCUUUUUGCUCUGGAACAUUGUGAGGGGAGAGAGUUACAUCUAGAAGAGGCUGUGAACUCUGUUCUGAACAAGGACCUGCACUUCUACACCCAGUCUGUGUGGGUAAAAAGUGGCCUGUGGAUAGCUUAUGAAGGACCCAAUUUCUUAGGAAGACAAAUCCUACUCAAGCCUAAUGAGAUCCCGAAUUGGACAGCAUUCAGUGGAUGGAAAACAAUUGGUUCCCUCCGUCCUAUGAAGCAGCCUGCAGUGUACAUUAGAAUAAAGAACCGAGCCCAGGAUGAGUAUCUGACAGUCACCGGAAAUGUAGCUGACACAAGGGCAACAUCUGUGUGCAUUUCUCCCUACAGUGGGAAGAAUACUCAGAUCUGGCACUACUGUCGAGGACUCUUUAAAUCCAAGGCCAGUGACACAUGUCUCGAUGUGAUUGGUGGUCGAGACAUACCUGGAGCUAAAGUUGCCCUAUGGACUGAACAUGGGCAGUUCAGGCAGAAGUGGAGACUGAACAAAAAUGGGACCAUCAGCUCCUACCUCAGUGACCAACUUGUCCUUGAUGUUAAAGGAGGAAAUUAUUAUGACAAAACUCACGUAAUUGUAAAUGAGCCCCUGGAGGGAGAAGAAACACAGAAAUGGGACAUUGAAAUAUUGUGAGAGAAUCUGUAGCAUCCCUGCGAGAGAGCAAAGGGAGAAGGACCCUCAUGCCCCGUGAAAAGGAAGCUACCUGUCCUCAUGCUUCUGGGAUCACUGAGCAGAAUGAACUUCUGCCCCAACCUUGAAGACUACUGCUCUUAACCAUGGAAAAGCUCAAGAUAUUCUUGCCAGUCAUUCAGUGUUCCUAUGAAGAAUGCAUUAACAAUUUCUGGGAAAGGUUCUACUCCUGCUUGAUCUCCAGCUUCGGUGAGCAAGUUUCUUGAAGUCUGUUUUCUCUCCUUUCCACCAAACACGAAUCCUAUUCCUGAUAGCCAUUAUAGGACACUGGUGACGCUGUCAUCCUGUGUUAGUUAUUAAUCUCCUAGUAGAUGUGUGUGUGUGUGUGUGUGUGUGUGUGUGUGUGUGUGUAUGUUAAGUGCAAGGCACAGAGAAGCAGAGUCCUAUAGGUCAAGUCAUACUUUUAAAAAGAUGAAUAAUUUUUUUAGCAAUAUCUGAAAACAUAUUUAAUAAACCUUACUAUUAAGCUGCUGUAUUAGAUAAA